AAAUAAAAAAAAAAGCUUCCGAUACUUGCUUUUAUGCUUUGUGGGUUUUCCUUUUAUAUUGACGUUGAUGGGUUUUCUUUUUGUGACCCUUGUACAUUUUACGACCUACUAAUUGGCUUAAAAUCUGAAGAGCUUUAAACUCCAGGUCUUUUUUUUCCCCUCUCUUGUGACGAAUCUGUCCAUACUUUCCAGGUAGAAAAGUUCGUAUCUUUCUUGGGAUCUCAAUAAGGAUUUCUUUCUUGCCUAUAAGUAUUUGCUGAUUUCGUAUUGUGAGUGUCAUGUAAGCAAAAGAAUAUUGUUUUUCCAAUAAGGAUUGCGGAGAGAUGAUGGACGAGAAGGAGAAGAAGUUCCUCACAGUGGCACCUUUCCAGUGUGCUUGGCGGAAGGAUUUGAAAUUCCGGGAAGCAGGGAGAGGUUGUGUGGCGUUUGAUGCUUUUGCUCAUAAUGAUGUCACUUUAGUGUUUAGGGAGAAUGUGGGGAGCCAGCACUACCAUUACAAGAGGGAUAAUAGUCCUCAUUAUACUGUGAUUCUUGGGAGUCAUAGGAAUCGAAGAUUGAAAAUUGAGGUUGAUGGGAAAACCGAGGUUGACGUGGAAGGUAUUGGACUAUGCUGCUCUUCUGGAUUUCAAAGCUAUUGGAUAUGUAUUUAUGAUGGGUUGAUUAGUAUUGGCAAGGGAAGAUACCCUUUUCAGAAUCUUGUGUUUCAGUGGUUAGAUUCAAAUCCAAAUUGCAGCGUUCGUUAUGUUGGGCUUAGUAGCUGGGAUAAACACGUUGGCUAUAGAAAUGUCAAUGUGUUGCCAUUACCUCAGAAUCAUAUGUUACUAUGGAAGCAAGUUGAUUAUGGAGAAUACGGGGGAAAGGAGGAUGGUGAAGAUGAGUUGGAAGAUGAACAAAGGGACUAUGAGAAAUGGGGACUCGAUAAUUUCCUAGAGAGUUGGGAAUUAUCUGAUACGUUCUUUGUUGUUGGUGAAGAAGAAAGGCCCGUCCCAGCUCAUAAGGUUAUCUUGCAAGCAUCCGGUAAUUUUCCUUUGAGUUUGUCAAAUGAAGAUGUUGUUCUGCUGAAGGAUGCAACUUAUCCAAUUCUCCAUGCACUUCUUCAAUUUAUCUACACAGGGCACACCCAGAUUUCAGAAUCACAACUUGGUUCAUUGUGGGCUUUGAGCCUACAGUUCGAAGUGAUGCCACUGGUGAAGCAAUGUGGAGAAGCUGUGGAACGGUCUAAACUGAAUAAAAAGUUGUCUGGUUCUGGUAGGAAUGUGGAAUUAUCAAAUCCAAACUCUCGGCCUCAUUGUCGUACAACCUUCCCCUUUGGACUCCCCAUCAAUGUGCUAAAGCUCAAAAAAUUGUAUUCAGCUGGCGAGUACAGUGAUGUAAACAUGUAUAUCGAGGGUCAUGGUCUUGUUGCUCAGCCUCAUAGAGUAAUUCUAAGUUUAUGGAGUAUCCCAUUUGCAAAGAUGUUCACAAAUGGAAUGAGUGAGAGUAGUUCCUCCAAGGUCUCUUUAAGCGAUGUCUCACCAGAAGCAUUCAAGAUUAUGCUUGACUUCAUUUACAGUGGGGAAAUCAAUUUGGAAGAUAGCUUGGAUUUUGGAGACUUGUUACUUCAGCUUCUUUUAUUAGCUGACAAGUUUGGGGUCACUCUUUUAUAUCAGGAAUGCUGCAAAACACUUUUAGAAUGCCUCUCGGAGGACUCAGUAUGUCCAAUCUUGCUUACUGUUUCAUCAUUUCCAUCGUGUAAACUCAUUGAAGAAACCUGUGAGAGGAAAUUUGCAAUGAACUUCGAUUAUUGUACAACUGCAAGCCUUGACUUCAUCUUGUUAGAUGAGACAACUUUGAGCAGUAUCAUUCAGCAUCAAGAGCUAACAGUAACAUCAGAAGAAAGAAUUCUUGAUGCAAUUUUGAUGUGGUGCAUGGGAGCUAAGGAGUUGUGUGGGUGGGAGACGGUGGAUGAGCUACUAGCAAAUUCAACUCCUGAACUCAUUUUUCAAGAGAGGAUUAAAUCUCUUAAUGAAUUAUUGCCAUUUGUGAGAUUUCCCUUACUGCCAUAUCACAUGCUGAAGAAGUUGGGGCAGAGCAAUCUUAGCAAGCACAUUCACAUUUUUGAUAAUCUUGUGAGGGAGGGUAUCAAUUAUGUAGAAUUUGGAUUAGCAAUGGCAGAAAGUGACCAAAACAAACGGUUUCAACAUAGGCGAUCAAGUUAUAAGGAGCUCCAGUAUAUAUGUGAUGGUGACAGCAAUGGAGUUCUGUACUUUGCUGGUACAUCUUAUGGGGAACACCAGUGGGUUAAUCCUGUUUUGUCUAAGCGAAUCACAAUUACAGCAAGCAGUCCUACUUCAAGAUACACCGACCCAAAGGCAUUGGUAUCAAGAACUUACCAGGGAACAUGUUUUACUGGGCCUCGGAUAGAAGAUGGGAAUAAAUGUGCAUGGUGGAUGGUUGACUUUGGUCAAGAUCAUCAGCUCAUGUGCAACUGCUACACUUUGAGACAAGAUGGAUCAAGAGCCUACAUAAGAUUUUGGAAUUUCCAGGGUUCUCUUGAUGGGAAAAGCUGGACAAACUUGAGAGUACAUGAGGACGAUCAAACCAUUUGCAAGCCUGGUCAGUUCGCAUCAUGGGUCUUAACUGGGCCUACUUUCCUACUUCCCUUCAGAUUCUUUAGGGUUGUUCUGACUGGGCCUACUACAGAUGCGUCGGUUCCCUGGAACUUGUGCAUCUGCUACUUGGAACUCUAUGGCUUCUUCCGUUGAUUUCAUGAAUUUCCGCGGGAUUACGUGUUUGCAAUAAGUUGUGCUGAUAAUAACGAUUCCAUCAUGUAAAGUUCUUCAACUAUGACAAUACAAGAUCAAUGAUGGAGUUCUCCACAAUCCCUGAUAAAUAAGAAUAUGCUAUAGUGAACAAUCUUUAAAGCCA